AUGCCUGUAACCCCACUUAUUUUCCUGCUUCUGGGUGCUAGCACGUGGGCUACAACCCUGCAGAAACGCGAUGCAGCCACGGUUCCGAUCGACGUUCAGGAUGAGGAGAUCGAUAUGGAAGAUGAUCUGAACCAAGCCAUGAACGAUGCCAUCGCCUCUAGCACGUUUGCGACUGCGACGAGCACAAGAGUCACAAACUCUGUGACGGACCUCAAGCCGGAUAUUCUUGCCAUACUUGACAAACUGGUCGAUAACGGUGUUUUCACUUGCUUCUCGAACAUUGCUUGCUAUUGUGGUAUGGUGGAGGCGAAUCCCCAAUUCCUUCAAUAUUUUGCUACUGUAUUCUCGGCAGAGAUUCAAGCCAAGGUCACGACUGCGGACAAGGCUACUAUUGCCUCAGUGAUUGUGGAGGUUGAUGCAAAGUAUUCCAUUCCGAAUGCUCCUGCGCUUGCUGUUGGGCCUGCUGCUGCUGGUGUUGAUGCUGCUGGUGUUGAUGCUGCUGGUGUUGAUGCUGCUGGUGUUGAUGCUGCUGGUGUUGAUGCUGCUGGUGUUGAUGCUGCUGGUGUUGAUGCUGCUGGUGUUGAUGCUGCUGGUGUUGAUGCUGCUGGUGUUGAUGCUGCUGGUGUUGAUGCUGCUGGUGUUGAUGCUGCUGGUGUUGAUGCUGCUGGUGUUGAUGCUGCUGGUGUUGAUGCUGCUGGUGUUGAUGCUGCUGGUGUUGAUGCUGCUGGUGUUGAUGCUGCUGGUGUUGAUGCUGCUGGUGUUGAUGCUGCUGGUGUUGAUGCUGCUGGUGUUGAUACUGCUGGUUGUGGUUGUGGUGAUCAUGGUGAUGGUGGCCUUGGUAGUGCUGACUCUGGUGCUGAUACUGCUGGCGGUGACGAUAGUGGCGCCGCCGAAUCCUCUGUUGCCAUUCGACCGCGACGCGUCUAG